CAGCCUUUAGUCGUCUAGACUUGUUGCCUUGGGGACCACCUCGGCCCUUGCCUUCGGUCUCACCGCUGUACUGGAUUGUUGCCUUCUUGUCGCUGCGAUUGCAUGCACUAAGACACCCGCUGCUUCAUAUUUUGUGGAGAGUUAGCGAUUAUUGUACCCAUUCUUGUGAUUAAUUAUUUUAUUUUCUAGACGUUUUAUUUUCUAGUUUUAGCUUAAGCUGACAGUGUUCGAGUGUAUUAACACGUUUGCAGCUUGCAGUUCGCCGUAACAUCACGUCCGUUGCUAGAGACCGUAUCACGUUUGCGUUUUAAUUUUUAUGAUUAUUAUUUUUAUUAAGUUGCUAAUUGUUAUUUUAAAGUAUUUGUUUAACGCCUUUGAACAGUUUGCUUUGUUGUAUUUUUUUGUGUGUGGUUUUGCUUUCCGUUUUUUUUUUUGUUUUUUGUUUUAGCUGUUUCUUUAUUUUAUCUUCUGUACUAACCCCUCGGCACGGAGCUCUGUUCUGCAACGGACAUCCAGUUUUGGUUUCCACCGCUUCGAGAGGACCAUGCGAUGCAGAGCGCCGUCCUAGCCAUGACCACCACCAGCCCGUCCAGUCGCCUGUCGCACAGCAUUCCCGCCGCCAUGGCCCAGCCCCUGGCUCAGCCCCUCGGACAGCUUGGGCCGUCGCCCGCCAUCCCGACACUCAAGCAGCUCCAGGACAUCCACAUCAAGGCCAAGCAGGGCCCCAGCAGCAGCAGCAACAACAACAAUAACAGCGCCAGCGCCGCCAACAACAAUAACAACAACUACAAGCCGCUGACCGUGCCGCCUGUCGUGCUCAAGCUGACGGCCGACGCCGCAGCGGAGCAGUCCCCCAAGCGCACCUACUCGGUGUCGCACUCAGACGGCAGCAUGUCGACCUCGUCGACCCCACCCCACGAGAGCUCUGCCAAGAGGCCGCGCCUGGCCGACGAGGAGACCGACGCCGUCGGCUUUGCCGCCAAGAAGGGCGCCAGCAGCGUGGCAUCGACCCUGGCGCUGGCAGGCGCGCCGCUGCUGCCUGAGGUCGGCAGCCUGGUGCUGCCGCCACCACUACCGCCACCGCCGGGCGUCAUCCUGGCCAUGGAGAGGCCCACCCUGCCCAGCGUGCUGCAGUACAGCCCUUACCUCGGCCUGCCGCUGGGACCGGGCUCCCCGCUGAGCUCCCCGCUGGGCCCCCUGGUGGCGCCGACACCGCCGCCGCGCCCGCCCUCCGUCUCCACCGCCGACCUCGCACCGCUGCGCCCGCCCUCGGCCGGUCCGUCGCGGCCGGCGUCCGCGGGGCCGUCCUCGGCGUCGCCGCGGCCGCGCAGCCACCCGCCUCACGCCUCGCCACUCAGGGGCAAGCACAAGGCCAUCCGCCAGCAGGCCAUGGAAGAGAACCGGGAGGGGCUGCUGGACUGCGUCAAGCACGUCCCGGAGAACUUCCAGUCGGUGCUCCGGCAGCACAUCCUCAUGCAGAUGCACCUGGGCCGCACGCAGGCCGCGGCCGGCCAGUCGAUGCUGGUCAGCGUGUCCAAGGCCGAGAUGAUCUCCAGCUACCAGCCGUGGGUCAUCCUGACGUACGGCGACGCGGCCAAGACCAAGACCAUCACGCUGUCCAAGUACGCGCGCAUCGUGCGCACGCUGCGCGGCGAGGAGGUCAACUCGGCCGAGAACUCCAAGUUCCGCUUCUGGGUGCGGUCCAAGGGCUUCCGCCUCGGCGCGCCCGAGCCCGACGGCCACCCGCGCAAGCCCGCCGACGACAUCCUGGGCAGCUACGGCGUCGACACGCGCUCGGGCCACCUGUACAUCUGCGCCGACGAGGCGGGCCACCCGACGCACCCCGUGGACGCGCCGCCGCUCUACGUGCCCACCGGCACCAACAAGGAGGACGACGGUCGCAGCGUCCCGGUGUACAAGCGCGUGGCCGUGGUCGAGAACUUCUUCGACAUCAUCUACUCCGUGCACGUCGACAUCGAGGGUCGCGGCAGCAAGCACGCCGGCCAGAAGAGGACCUACCGCACGAUAACGGACUCGUACGCCUUCCUGCCGCGCGAGGCCGUCACCCGCUUCCUGCUGGGCUGCACCGAGUGCAACCGGCGGCCACGUUCCCCGACGUCACCCAGCAGGCCGUCGUCCGCCGUCGUCAAGGACACCGACGACGACUCGGCCGACAGCGUCGCGGGGACGUCCUCCGGGUCGGGCUCGGCGGGUCCCGGUCACCGCAGCAGCCCCUCGCCGUCACCAUCGCCCUCCCCGUCGCCGUCGUCCUCGUCGCUGCACAGCCCUGGCCUAUCCACCAUGGCGUCGACGUCGAUGGCGACCAGCAUAGCAUCGAGCCUGGCCACCAGCAUGGCAUCCAGCAUGGCAUCCAGCAUGGCCACCAGCAUCGCAUCCAGCAUGGCCACCAGUAUGGCCACGAGCAUGGCCACCAGCAUGGCAACCAGCAUGGCCUCAAGUUUGGCGCCCAGCCUUGUGACCAGCAUGGCCUCAAGACUGCCCGGCGACCACACAGACCUGUACAUGCGGUUCGCGGACCUCCCGAGGCCGUACGAGGCCGACAUGCACACCGCGGGCCUCCUGCCAUACUCGUACCCUGAUCCCAGCCGCUCUCGCUACCUGCCCCCGCCGUGCUCGUCACCCUCGCCGUCGCCGUCCUCGCCGUCCCCCGAGUCCCGGUUCACCUACCCGCCGCAGCCGCCGUCCCCCUCCGCGUCGCCCUCACCCCUCGGCCGGCCGGCCGGCUCGACCAGCAUCCUCUCGGGGCGGGGCGGGCCGAGCGCGUUCCGGAGUCCAGCAGAGGCGCAGUCCAACGGGCAGCCCUCUGACGACCCGCGGACCACGAGUCCCGCCCUGGCCGAGGCGCUGCUGCUGCCGCUCAGGGAGGACGCCCACAAGAGCGAGCCCUUGUUCAAGCUGCCGACCGCGCCGCACCCCCACUCCCUGUCGCACUCCCCGCACUCCAUCUUCCUGCACUCGUCGGCGACGGGCCGCAAGACGGACGUGUCCCUUACUCCGCUCAGCGAAAAGCUGGCCAACUCGCCCUUCUCUAUCGAGAACAUCAGUAAGAGCAGCAGGCGGUCGCCUACGCCGCCGGACGGCGAAGGCGGCCUCCUGAGGGACAAGCUCGUUCGCGGCCCCGACCACUUCGCGGUCCCCGAGCCUCCCAAGCCCCGCAGCCCGCCCAAGGCGUCGACCAGCAAGGCCGACGACACAUUCCUGGUGCCAAGGCCCCCCAAGCCACGACACUCGUCCCACCUUCUCAAGCCGCCGCCCCGUGCACCAUCGCCGGCCGGCGCCUCGGGCUUUGGCGCCUCGUACCCGAUGCUGCAGCCGCUCGAGACCGUGGCGCCGCGCGCCCCCGACCCUCCCCCCGCGCCCGUGUGCGUGCCCGUGCCCGUCCGCCCCCUGCCGCUUCCAGCCAGGCCGACCUCCUCCAUCAUGGCGGGCUUCGAGCCGGCGGCGGGCAGCGGGCUGCUCAACCUACUUCUCAAGAGCGGCGUGCUCAGGAACCGCGGCCCGAGGACCGUCAUCCCAGACGCCGGCGAGAUUGACCUCAACCUGCCCAUCACCACGACUUACCUCAAGCACAUGCGCAGCCUGGGCUACACCGACGAGGACGCGCUGCAGAUUGAUGUGGAGAUGAGCCUGUACCAGCACGUGCUCGGCGUGCCGCUCAAGAUCGUCGACGACUACCUCUGA